CUCCAUGUCAUUUCCCUCUCACUGCUUCUUCCCUGCUCCUUUUCUAACUAAACUUAUUCUUUAACUCAUCCUCUUUUUGCCUCUUUCUAAUAAGCUCUCAUCUUCCCACCUCUUCUCCUUCCCUCCUUCCUUCCUUCUUUCUCUUUUUGUCUCCUAUAUUUUGGAUGGAUAGCUACUCCCUCCUCUACAGUUCCUCCCACAGAACGGGGCUUCUCUCGGGCUUCCAGCGCCUGCGCUCUGACAGGAAGAUGUGUGAUGUCGUCCUGGAGACCGAUGGCGUGUCUUUCCCCUGUCAUCGCGCCCUUUUGGCCAGCUCCAGCGAGUAUUUCUGGGCUCUGUUUGGAGAUACUACAGCGGAGAGAUUAGCGGGCUCCAUUAGCCUCCCGGCGUUAACACCUGAGGGUUUAGACGUCAUUCUGGACUUCCUGUAUUCCGGCUGGCUCAGCGUAUCACCGGCCACGCUUCCUGACGCCUUGGAGGCCGCCAGGUACUUGCAAGUGGAGAAAGCUGUGUCAAUAUGUGAGCGCUUCAUUACUGAUGGGUUAUGUGCUGAGAAUUGCUGCUGCUAUGCUAACCUGGCUGAGCGCCAUGCACUUUUAGAUGCACUUGACUCUGCCAAUCAUACCAUCACCAUGGAAAUGGGGACAUUGCUGCAGGAAAGCAGGGACGAUCUUCUCGGGCUGAACAUCCAGUCACUGAUGGCGGUGCUCGAUGCCGACGAAAUACCUGGCGUCAAGGAGGUGGAGCUCAUAAAGCUGGCUCUGGAUUGGCUGGAGGAGAACGGCCCCAUCCCACUGUUGAAAUCAAACCUUCUACUAAGUCAUCUGCGCUUUGGAUUGGUCGCCCCAUCUGACCUCAACAGCCUCAGCCACGCCCACAGAGCCAUGGCCACACCUCUGAUAAGAUGCCAGCUGAAUCGAGCGUUGGAGUACCACAAAAUGGGCUCAACUCAGCCAAUCAGACAAAGCAGACAAUCCACACUCAGAGCGUCGCCCAGCUGUGUGCUGCUUGUGGGCGGAGAGUCCAGUCUGGAUAGGCCAGAGCAGCAGAUGCUGAUGUUUGACCUUAGAAGUCGAAAAUUUUCAUCUCUGAGUUCCACCAUCCCGCUGCGACUGAGAAAUCACUGCGUGUGCUCGGUGGGAGGCUUCCUCUUCGUGAUUGGAGGAGAUGAGGUGAAAGAGGGAGAUGAGGAUGGGAAGAAGUCUGUCUUCGUGGAAACAUCCAACCAGGUGUGGAGGUACGAUCCUCGCUUCGACUGCUGGCAGCAGGUGAAGUCCAUGCUGGAGAAGCGGGCGCAGUUCACCUGCUGCGUGGUGGAGGAUGUUAUUUACGCCAUCGGGGGACGACGCACACAAGCAGACACUGACAUAUACAACUCUGUGGCUUCUGUUGAGUUUUAUGACAUGGCCACAGGAGCGUGGAGGAAAGGAGCGCCGAUGGCUCAACCUCUUCACGGCCACGCUUGCGCUGUGCUUGACAACAGCAUCUAUGUGUCAGGUGGUGCCCCUGGCAACCGUGGCAGCAUCCGUAGCAGUAACCAAGGUGAUAACCAGGAUGCAAACAGAGAAAGCAGCAAAGAAGUCCUGUCCUGGGACCUCAAAGGUAAAGUCUGGGAGAAGCGUGCGUCCAUGUCCAUCGCCAGGUUCGGUCACCGCCUGGCAACGGCACACGGCUACAUCUACGCCCUGUUAGGGAUGUAUGAGCCCUUCUGCGAUAUCGAACGUUAUGAUUCACAAUCAGAUCACUGGACACGGCUCAAACCACUUCUCACCGGCUCCUUCAGCUACGGUAUGGUGUCAAUGCCCUCUGGAAGCCUUCUGGUAUUCGGAGGGAGAAGAUGGAGGGAAGGACAGGAGGUGAUAGUGAAAAGUGUGCUGGAAUAUGAUACUAAGAAAGAUCGCUGGAGGGAGAUCUGUCAGCUUCCCAGACCUCUCACUGGCACUGAGUGCACAUUACUGGCCCUGCCAGAAUGAAUUGCACACAUAGUGAGAAACUUUUUGACAAGAAAGUGAGACGAUUUCACUUUUAAGUAGGAGCAACAUGGCCUCAAAAUGCUGAGCAGAAUUGCUUGAGAUGGUUAUGUGACAAUAUCAUAAAUUGGACUCUCAAUUUUGAUGUGUUUGUCAAAUGAAAAGGUUAUCAAACAGUUAGGUUUGGGGAAGUAAAACUAGUGGGUUUAAGAAAAAAAAAACCACAAAGUAAAACCUAUCGCUCACAGCAGAAAGCUUUGUGGUCUGCGGUGGGAAAUGAAACCGGGUUGUCAGAGAUAAAAUGUUUACCACCACUUUGGCCUCUAUGGCUUCACUUUCCACCUCACUAUUAAUAAUAAGUAAGCUGUUUCCUGUACUGUCUUCUGUCAUAGUGGAGUACAAAUGAUCCUAGCAAAUUUCAGAAAAUAUUUCAAACAAGUAAAUGUUAAUCAAGUAAAACUUUCUUUACAAUUUAUUGUACUACUUCUUAAAGGAGUAGUUUGACAUUUUGGGAAAUUUGCUCAUCUGCUUUCUUGCCAAGAGUUAAAUAAGAUCGAUACCACUUUCACAUGUCUGUUAAAUAUUCCAGGAGAUGUUUAGCCUAGCUUAGCAUAAAGCACAUAAACUCUCAUAAAACCACAAAUUGUUGUUUUUACACUGUGUUUUUCAAACAGAUUAAACAAAUUAAAUUUAAUUUGUGAGUAAGUGAGUCUCCCCCUACUCCCAGUCUUUAUGCUAAGCUAAGCUAACCAUCUCCUGACUGUAGCUUCAUGUUUAACAGACAGAU